AUGUUGCAAACUGUCGAAGUGAACACGGAGCCUCUGAAAUGGCCCAUCGCUCCAGAUGGCUACAUCCCCAACUCUGUGAUCCGGAGCUGGAGGAGGAAGGGGAAGGAAGUCAACAUGAUGCCCUGUUGGAGCGACAUCUUUCACAGUCUUCCCCAGGCGGAUGAACAGGAGGAUCCAGACCAGCCGAAAACAGCUGAUGAUGGAAAACUGAAUGUGGUGCCUCAAGAAGUCAGUCCAACAUACAGUUCAAGAAAGACUGUGAACUUCCCACCAACCUCCUGUCUUGAAAAUGGACCUAAACCACUAAAAGAGCUGAGUGAAGACAUGAAGCUUCCUGAAACCAUCACACCCCCACUCCAGUAUCCCUCUGUGCCCAGUAAACCAACUACAUUCAGUUUUAUUCAGAAAGAGCAGAGAGAUCCUCCAGUGGAAAGUCCUGUGGUAUCUGCAGUCACUCUAAUCCCAAAGCAAGAACCCAGGAUAACCUCAUGCAUACCACCUACGGAACCCAAAAGCCUGACUCCUCAAACUCUGAAGGCUCCACCUCCAAGCCCAGAUGAUCCUCAACCCCAACUAAACCUUGGGCCUUUUGAAUGCUUACCAAUUGAGGAUAAAAGGUUACUCCUGUCUUCGACCAAAUAUAGCAACAUCACCGCCCAAGAACAUGUCCCCCUUGACCGAAAAGUCUUUGAGCUCUAUAGAAAGUUGAAAUUCGGCAAAAAGAUCUCACAUCUUGGAAAAGUCUCCACCAGAGCUGAGCGCCUUCUUGCAUCUAAGGCUGCACACGCCACCUUUCAGACUAACACUGGGAGGGUGAACCUGAACAGUUGUCUUGGUAAAUCUCCUGAGUUGAGGGCUACACUGUCCACGGUUCAAACUCAGCCACAAAUGAUCAUCAACCCUGAAGAUCCCAGCCACUCAUUCGGGUCUAAUUAUCCUGCAGAAUUUGCCCAAACUGUCCUUCCCAUUAAAGACCACAAAAGCCACAAGUCCAUGCCUGAGUGGAGAAGGAACCUGUACAGCAUCUUUUCCCUCCAUGGUUUCCGUUCCCCAUGGGCAGCAAGGUUGUUCGCCACAGAACAUCCAGUCAAGUCUUCCAAUGCCAGACAAUUUGUGGCAACCAUCCCCUCGCUGCAGCCUGGCCAGGCAGCAGCACACCAGAGGGUGGUACAAAAGAUUCAGAUGAAAGACCACCUAGAGCCGGACCCCUGUUACUUCCAAUAUGUGAUCCCAAUGCCCUCCCAACACAACUUCUACACUUUGAAUCCCUGUGGGAAGACUCAGUACGGGAGGCUGCAGUUUGACUGGAUGAGGGGAUCAGAGGACAGGCUGCAAGUGUCUGCCGCUAAGUUCAAAGAUACUGCAAAGUUGUUGAUCAAAGCGGAUUCUAACCAUCUUAGCAGACCUGCCUAA